CUGGGCACCUGAGCAUGUGAUGCGAGCCGCUCUGCUAACCAACUGAGGCGCCGCGCUAACUUUCAUCAGCGCUCUGCCAUUCACACAAAGUGGCCACUGGCGGCUGGUGGCGAUCCUGGGUCAGUCGGAGGUGAGGUCGCGGGUCGACAGGACCUCUUCUAAGGCCGCUCCGGAGUGAAGUCUGCUCGGUGUGAAGUCUGCUCAGUGUAAAGAAUAUCUUCGUGUGACACCUGAGGGGCCUUCGGCUGUUGUGAAUAUUCUCUAAGAACGUCCAGCUAUCCGACUGCCCAGCUGGUCAGGAGUCCUCAGACAUAAGCUUUCAGGACCACUUUGAGCUCACCAUGUCGGUGCGACCACUCCUCACCUUCGGUCUCCUGGUCCUCAGUACCGUCCUCGUGGCGGCCUCUUCCAGUCCUCAGUCCUCCAAGUCCUCCACCGUGCCCGAGAGCACCUCAGCCCGCGACGCGCGCCUGUUCGGUGUGUUCCAGCUGGUGCGCUUCCCCAACGAGCCGUGCUCGACCACCGAGUUAGGCACCAACGGCACCUGCUACCUCGCCGACGAGUGCACUCGCAACGGCGGCCGUGCCAUGGGCACGUGCGCCAGGGGCUACGGCGUGUGCUGCGUCUUCAGUGCCGGGUGUGGAGAGGUGAUCUCACGCAACAGCACCAUCUUCCGCGGGCCGGGGAACCAGACGGCGCCCUUCAACUGCCGCUUGACGGUGGGCAAGGUCAAUGAGAACAUCUGCCAGCUGAGGUUGGCCUUCGAGCAGCUGAGUCUUGCCGGCCCGGACGUUGACGGUGUCUGCAGACAGGACCAGUUCUCGGUGACCGGUGCCUCCUCCUCGCAGCCGCCGGUGCUCUGCGGCGUCAACAGCGGCUCCCACAUGUACGUGGACGUGGCGCCCGGCUCGGGCAGCCAGGUGACCCUGCAGGUGACCACGUCUGGCACCCAGACGGCUAACCGCGACUGGCGCGUCCGCGUGGACCAGAUCGAGUGUAGCAGUCCGUCACUGGCCCCCGCCGGGUGUCUGCAGUACUACACCAAUGUCACCGGCAUGGUGCAGUCCUUCGGCUUCGACACCAACACCAACGGUCCGCAUCUCGCCAACCAGCGCUACGCCAUCUGCGUGCGCACCAACGCCGGCUUCUGCGGAAUCCAGUACGACGCGUGUCCGGCGAUCAACAACUUCACCGUCAGCGAGAGUCUGGGCGCGGUGAAGGGCGCGGCGUGCAACACCGACUACAUCACGAUCGUGGGCGUCACCCCGGAUGGCACCACCGGCACCCCUGAGGACCGCCACUGCGGCACCCAGUGGUCGGGCGACGCCGCCGGUACCUCGUCAUCGGGAGUCACAUUCAGCCAGCCGUUCAUCGUCUACGUCAACUUUGACGCCACCGAGACCACAGUCGAACAGGAGGGCAGCAACCGCGGCUUCUGUCUCAGCUACACGCAGGUGCCAUGCGGCGUGUCGAGUCCGCUGGUCGCGAUCGCUGGGCCGCUCGUCACUCGACCGGUGCCCGUCAUCCAGAGGCCGCACAACCCCUACCGACCCGAGGGGAUCGUGGCGAGUAGUGGUAUUCUGUCCGUGUCCAACCCUGCUGAACAGGACGCUUACGACUACUACAACCAGAGGAGGCCGGGCAACCGCGGCAGGGCGGAGGAUCCCGAGAAACCGGCUGCACGAGGCUGGCAGAAGAGGAAGAACUUCUACUAUGGCUGAAGUUUGAGGUUGCUGGCGUAGUAAGGUCUUCUACGGUCUGCCCAUGCUAGAUGUUGUAAAAAAAAGACAUGCGCUGUAGCUAUUCGAAGUUUGAGCGACUGUAACCUUUUUGAACGCUGCUGCUCAAUGUUAAACUAUCUUUGGUAGGUAUACAUUUUCGUGACUGCAGUGCUAACAUUGAAUCAAUUGCAAGCUUCAGAAACACCGCUUAAGAAGUUCGCCUUGUCUGUGCCGUGUAGGAACUAGAGCAACAUGAUCAUUUUUGUUAUUGCUACCUAUGAGUAUGCAUGAUGCGGCACCUGGUGUGGUUAUAUUUACCGAUACAAGGUGUUAAGCUGCAACAGCACUGAAGCCAACCAAACAACAAUGCAGGCAGUUUUGAUGUGCGUUUCUGGAGCAUGCAUUGUUGCAUGUCGUAUCCCGUUCCUUGCCACAUAUUUGUGCGAUUGCAGCAAGUGAUGUAACACGUUCAGCUCCCUGAACGCAGAGCCACCUCGCCACGCCUGAAGAACCGUUGCAGCUUGUGCAGCAGGUUGUAGCAGAUUUCGGUGGUUCGUGCUAUCAUCCAAAGUGAAUUGCUUCAGGGUUGACAUGCGGCACCAGCCCGAGCGCGUAUUUUCCAGUAAAGCGAUGUACUUUAAUUGUUUUGUUGUCACCAGCCUAUAUCACGGUUUCCGGUUUCUCUCUACGUUUUUGUCAACCCGUUAGUGGCGCUGAUGUAAUUGUGUUUUGUGUGACAGUGCAAAUGAGCGUAUUGUUAUUUAGGUUAAACGGUGGUGGUUGUUUUAGGCCGACAGGCCUGUUCAAAAAGGGAUGUGUUAUCGCAACGAAGGCGACAGCUCAUGCAAUGUCGGCUUUCCAUGUCCGUUGCAAUCUGUCCGGUCGUUUAAGAUUUAUCUCAUCAUGAAUAAAAGUAAUUUUUAUUCUGGAACAUAUGGGAUUUUGAACAGAUUCUCAUCCGUUCGUCGCUGUUCGAUGUUUCAUGCAGUAAAUAAUGUGCCGUUAAAAUAAACCACCAGUGGAAUCUGGUCAGAGGAGACAA